AUGGCUUGGCGUUGGUUGCCUUGGCUCCUGGGUGCAUGCACGGGCCUGGCGCUUCUGCUGCUGCAGAGCGCGAUGCAGUCCGGCAAGGUGCCGCGCAACGUGCAGCCGGAAGUGCGCUUCCAGGCGAUGCCCACCUUCGUUCUGAAGCACAACAGCAAGGCAGGCGGGACCUUCUCGCGCACGCUCUUGAAGGCAGUCUUUAAGUUCAAUCCGUCGAAGAAGGCGCUGUGGAAGAUUAUUGACGAUGACAACGCGCUUUUCCCGAACGACAAGAAAAAGAACUUUGUAGCUGUGCUGAUGCGGAAUCCCUGCGCCUGGAAUGUGGCUUGGGCCAACGAGUGCCCGACCAAGGCUUGGGACUUUGGGCGCCCCACCUUUGCCGCCAACCCCUUGGGGCCCAUGGGCUACUUGGAGCGCCACACCACAGACACAGAGCUCAGGAAUUGGAUGCUGAACGCCCGAUCCCCUGAGGGCCUUGGGGUGAUCAGCUUCUACCUUUGGCAGUCCAUGGUCUGCCCGAAGUGUUGGGGCUGGCACCGGAAAGUGAAGGAGGGCCUCAAUCCAAAGGAAGGAGAGCACUGCAACAGCAGCCACCGGGCGCAACAGGACAUGGCCGUCAUGAAUCCUCAGUCCCUGGCGCAUUGCUGGAUCUUUCAAGAGACCCUGAUGGAGGACAUGCGGGUUUGUUUGACGGCCUUUGAGGCCUCUCAUCCUGCAGCAGCAGACUCAGUUCGCUGGGACCUUUUUGAGAAGGCAGCGGCCAAUCAGAGCGGAGAGGCGCUCUUCUUCGAGCGAGACUGGAGCGUGGCCCGCUGGGCGGCGCCAUCCCUGCAGUACCGGAGGCAUAAGCCUUGCGAGGAGCACUUCCGGGACCCAGCCAUGCGGCAGAUUGUCCGGCAGUCUGACGCGCAUUUGUUCGAGAAGUUCGGCUACUCAGAUUGCUGCGCUCCAAGCUCCCGCGAGAUCUGGUGA